AUGACCAGGCGUGAGUGGCCCGCGCAGGUGGGGUGUUUAGUCUUGGUAGUCACUGUGCCCGAUUCCGCCCGCGGUCUUCUUGACUCCGUCUUGGCGCCGAGGUCAGGUGGGUGGGGGAGAAUAAAGUGUGGUAGAUGAUGCGGAAGUCUGCUCGCACUAUAAAUUAAUUCACGCACGAGUCACCUCCCUGAACCUACCAUGUUGUAGGACGCAUAGGGGGUACCAUCGUUAGCCAUGGUCGAACUGCCGGCAGUGAUGAUGAUGACGACGAUGAUGAUGAUGAUGAUGAUGAUGAUGAUGAUGAUGAUGAUGAUGAUGAUGAUGAUGAUGAUGAUGAUGAUGAUGAUGAUGAUGAUGAUGAUGAUGAUGAUGAUGAUGAUGAUGAUGAUGAUGAUGAUGAUGAUGAUGAUGAUGAUGAUGGCGUAAUCACCUCAGACAAGGUUUGCAGAAAAGACACCAGUCUACCGAGCCCCGCGUUACCACCUUCCGCUUUAUCGCUGGAAAUAAGGGAAAUGCCUCCGCAUUUGAAUAUGGAAAUGGGAGCUCCUAAAAAUCCUACAUGCUCAAUUAAUUUUCUGCUCUUCAGAAAACGGGUUGCAAUGAAAGUUCGAAAUGUCGAGUGUAUAAAGAUCACACAGAGCAGAAAGCCUUGCACACUCAGCAGCCUCCUUAUCAAGCGACUGGAAAAAUCGCUUAUUCAAUGCCCCAGUAGCGAAAACCGUAUAAGAUGAAGACAGAUUAGAUUAACGGCCAAGGCUAUGAUUAAGGUCAGAGUAAGAUUCAUAUUUAGAGUUCGGAUUUGGAUUUGGCGACGACCUUUGAGUUAUGGGGAGAAGACUUAGGUAAGCGGUGUUAUGACUAGUUUUAGGACUAUGAUUAGGAAUGGACUCAUGAAAUUAACCUCAGUCACUCUACCUUCACUCUAACUCUAACAAUGAACCGAAACCUCAACACAUAGACUAAACACGAACCCCCACCGUAAGCUCUAGCCUGCAUUUUAACAUCAUCUCCAACUCCAACAAAUUAGCCGACAAAACCGGGAUAUGUUUGCUGGGGCGGGGAAGAUCUUAACGCUGUUUCUUGCUAAACAGUCUGCGUAAGAAUGCGUGAUUGACGGGACUCAAGUACUCAGGAGGAGCUGUGGACCGUUCACGCAGCCGUCGUGGUUCCUCUUUGUCAUGCCUUCUGUGAUUUUAGUCCACUAAGGGCACACAGCUACCUUUAUAAAAGGCCAGAGCGGGAACCAUCUGGUUCCGAAAUUUUAGCUCGUCGCAACAGAGGGCGUCAACGAGUAAACAACUCAAAACCAUCAAAACCCUUUUUUCCUACUACAUGCUGUGGAAAUAUAAAAGUUCAGCAGUUAGAAAAUGUGUGCCCUGGGAUUAGACAAAAACACCGAAUCCUGACUUCCUGUCAAGUGUCCUACUGGCUCGGAUAUCAGUGACAUGCUCGUCCGCCGGCUGUGCACGUUAUCUAUAUUCAUUUCUCACGUAUACUCGUGUCAGGAGCUUAUUUUUUUCUCUAGAGACUGCUGUCAUCGCUUCGAUCUUGUUUGAGAUCAGGCCACAUGUUUCUGACUGAGUAGGUUCCGUAUUUUCAUCGUUUAUAUCGGCAAAAAGAGUUUGCAGUCAUACGAUAAUGUAGACGCAAACCUAAACGAGGGUUACAGAAAAAAAAAGUUGAAUACAAAUUACUACACGAACCGUGGCAUAAGACCAUCGCAUCUGCUUCGACUUCCAAUCUAAAGGUCUAGCUCAGCACGACAACACGAUGAAUUGCCGCAAUGCUUGUGGUUUGGAUUUUCGAGCUAGUGGGUCCUGAGUUUAUGACGCAGGUACGAACGAAACAUAGAGCAGCUGUGAGCAAUCAACUAGGGUGUCGCAGGCAUUACGCUCAGCUGGGUUCAGAACUCGAGGAGUCCUAACACUUCUUGCACAUUCAGCUGUUUCCUGAUAAGCACAACUUUUUGUUGCCAAACUUCGUUUGAAGGCUACGCACAACGCAGGGUGGUACAAAGUCCUACGCUGUGCCAUCGAAAGCAGAUACGUUUGUCGGCCUAACCGUCCAACUCCAGCUGCCUUCACAGGUCAGUCGUUCACGGUCCGUUGCGUUCACUACAUCGCCCUUUGUUUUGAUUUUUUAACAGCUCCAAAUGUUUAUGUCGGAAAAUAAUCAAUUUUGGCCUCAGCAUGACUGUUGCUGGACAACAAUAAGCAUCUUCUGCACCAAAUGACCAAUGACUGACGUCCGUAAUUCAACAUUAGGGUCGACCUAAGUGUAGCUUUACUGUAAUCAAACUGGCGCAGUACUUCUAAGAAAAGACAAGAAACUUCUACAACAUUCGCUCUUAUUUUCCUCGAAGUGGACUCUUAUAACCUAAGUUGUUGACGAAACUAGUUCUCCUCGGUCACCUAGCUCCCAUCGUUUAGGUCUGACUCACGCAACAGCGGACUUCAGCUGGCAAGCAUUCGGGAAGGGACUGCCAAAUGCUUUUCCUUUGGACAGUUAAUUACAUGAUCCACUUAAGUUUGCAAUGGAAAGAACGCCGAAGUAAGAGUAAGAGGAAUGACGUCACAACUCCGAUGUCUCCUUCAUCUUUCUCUGUGGCGGCCGAAUGUCAAUGGUUGCAACAUUUCCUUCACAUCAAGGGUCAAGCAUGCCGUUUGAGGUUUCCGUUGGGCACAAAAGUACUGAUAUCGGGUUGAGGAUAGUCCUCGUUUUUGAUAAUAACGGGUCAGACGAUUUUGCAGUUUUUCUACACUUUUGUUCGAUAUGUACCGCCGCCUUGUUCUUAGGUUCUGUUAAUGGAGUAAUUUCAGCAGAAGUUUUUCCUACUUUGGCUCUUGUACGCUUUAAUAAGCGGUAGUUUACUAAAGCACCGAGAAACAAUUUAACUGAAAGGAAACGAUCGAGAUCUUUCAUUUUGCGUCUCCUAGUAAGUUUUACCAAAGUGCAAAUCCUAUUUAUCUGGAUUUAUAAGGAGUGGUUGAAAAUCCCAAUGGCGCAUCACGGUCAGCCUGAGUAUAUUAUGCUCCCAGUAACCCUUUCUGGGUAAUGAUUCUAACAUCAUUUCGGUGGGGUUUUUUAUUACCAAAAAGCAAAUUACUUAGCAUUAUUUUCAAGUUUUGGAAAACUAAAUUAAGCUAGAAAAAUAUACCGAGAAAGUCUUCUUCGGUUGAAUUUCUCCUAGAGCCAUUCCAAGAAGGAGUCCACCAAGUGUCCAGAUUGUGGUUCUCGUAGAUCGCAUAUUCCGAAGCGUGAGCGAUUCUCUCGGACGACGGAACUGUUUAUGGACAGGUCACAGGCUCGGCGCAUAAACUGGUGCACACCGAUAGCUCGGCGGCUUGCUCGGCCGGACUCCAUUGGCUGA